AUGUUCCAACGUGACUUCAAGAAGCACGGAACUGAGCACUUGUCCACCUACUUGAAGGUCUACAAGGUCGGUGACAUUGUUGACAUCAAGGCUAACGGUUCUAUCCAGAAGGGUAUGCCACACAAGUACUACCACGGUAAGACUGGUAUCGUUUUCAACGUCACCAAGUCCUCCGUCGGUGUCAUCAUCAACAAGGUUGUUGGUAACAGAUACAUUGAGAAGAAGGUCAACUUGAGAAUCGAGCACGUUAAGCACUCUGCUUGUCGUACUGAGUUCUUGAACAGAGUCAAGGCUAACGCUGCUUUGAAGAGAGAGGCCAAGGCCAAGGGUGAGCAGGUUGACUUGAAGAGAAAGCCAGCUCAGCCAAGAGAGGCUAAGGUUGUCCAGAUCGGUGAGAACGUUCCUCAGACGCUCGCCCCUGUUCCUUACGAGACCUUCAUCUAA